GAUUCGUGCCGGUGAUGGUCGGGGAUGCCGGGUGGGGCGCGCUGUUAGAUAAUUAUGGGUCAACGUAGGCACAGCAAAAGUUGAACGAUAUGAUUUUAACAAGAUAUGAUGGCUGUUCAUCAUGACGUUUCUGAGUAGUCGAUCAAGAAAGUCUACAGUUGUGUAAAGGUCUACUGUCCCAAGAAUCAUGUCUGGUGAGGGCCAGCAGCUGCUGCAGCUGAUGCAGCAGCUGGUACGCUCCAGCAGCGACAAUGACAUCAGGGCUGCCGCAACCAAGCUCAGCAACACAGUUCUGGCAGCAGGCUGCUCGGGCUGCCGCUCAGUCUGUGACCUGUUCUUGGCGGGGGACGGUCAUCUGGUGCAGCGCUACGUCGCCACCAUGAAGGGUGUCUCAGACACACAGAGUCUAGUCCAUCUCACCAACGUGCUCGCCGAGUGUCUCAAAGACAAAGAAUGCUCAGCAGAGGUGUGCCGUCGUCUGACGGACUCGGGCGGCACGGAGGUGGUGGUGGCCUCCCUCCGUUCGCUGGGCCCGGCCAGCCAACAGUACCAGACCGUCACCGCGCUCUACACAAUACUCUACAAGAUCGGGAAAAAGGACCCACGGUUUGCGGUCCGUCUCCGUCUGUGCGGCGGUCUGAAGGUGCUGCUCCGCCGGCUCCAGGAUAACGCCCAAAAGUGCCGCAUCUGCGUCCCGGCACUGCAGUGCGUCAAACUGGCCGCCGGAAACGACCAGAACGUCUCUGUCUUGGGCCGCGGUGAAGCGGUAGAACACCUCUGUCGCCUGGUGCCCCACCUCUGGAACAUGUCCGGACUCAAACAGCAGCUGACGCUAGAGUGCACGGCGCGACUCAUCAGAAAUAGAAUGAACCGUCGGCGACUGCUGAAGGAGAACGUGAUCCCGCGCCUGCUGCCGCUGCUGCAGCCGCGCCACAAGCUGGAGAAGAAGACGCAGUACAACGUGCAGAAAGCCGUGCUGAACAUCGUCUUCGCUCUCGCCGACCUAAAGCCGGGCCGGGAGGCGCUGAUGGAGGCCCGCGUCUGCGAGGCGAUGCAGUCGUUCCUCCGUUCGUGUUCACCGGCGGAGCGGCACGACCGGCUGUUCUGUCGCGCAGCCAACACCGUGCUGCGCUGCGUGGCCAAGUGGAGUCUGCCCGUGGCGCGACUGGAGAGUCCGGUCAGCUUCACGGCUCCGGCGGCGGCGCGCGCCACAGCAGACGGCAAGGGAGACGCCGACGGCGGGUCGGACGACGAGUCGGGAUCAGAGACGGAGACGGAGACGGAGACGGAGACGGAGACGGAGCAGCCGGCGGCGCUGGUGCGCGCCCACCCGGCCUGCCUGCCGGAGCCGGUGCGCGCGCCGGCCGCCGAGCUGCUCCGCUGCGCGCCGCUGUUCGCCGAGCUGGCCGAGCCGGCGGCGCCGCGCAGCCCGCCGCGCGCGCCGCCCCCCUCGGAGGCCUCUCCGGCGCUCUCCCCGGCCGAGAAGGGCGCCGGCUGCCAGUGCCUGCCGCGCUGCCUGACCCGGCUGUGUCGGCAGCGGGCCGGGGUGCGGCCCUGCGCCGCCCCGCCGCCGACAGCGCUGGGGGCCGCCGAGGGCCGGCUGACCCCCGGCCGGCUUCAGGAGGCCUGGCAGCGCCUCUCGGAGCGCGGCGGCCAGGGCGACUCCCGCAGACAGUACACCGAGGUGUACAGGCGUCUGGCGCAGAAGACGCGGCACGUGGCGCCGUUCGUGAAGCUGGCCUACCCGGAUAUGGUGGGCGCCGCCAGCUCGGGGGAGAGCGAGCCGCUCGGGACCUGUGACCGCAUGGUGUGCAGACGAAAGGUGCAGAGUCUGGUGGACGACGCGCUGGGCCAGCGCAGUCUGGACACCAAGGUGGUCUACGACUACGACUUCCUCGUGUCCACGUUCUCCCGGGAGGACAAUAGCAUCAGGGUUCUGGACAACCACGACGAAAAGACGGUGUCAUCGACCCUGAUCGAGAUCAACCAGGAGUCCAGCCUGCGCUUCGAGUCCCGCUUCGAGUCCGGAAACCUGCGUAGGAGCAUACGGACGGGUCCCCACGAGUACGACCUGAUCCUGUGUCCGGACGUCAGCUCCAGUCGACACCAGCAGUGGUUCUACUUUGAGGUGUCCAACAUGCGCGCCGACCUGACCUACACAUUCAACGUCAUCAACAACGAGAAGCUGCGCUGCGAGUACCAGACAGGGAUGCGCCCGGUGUUGUUCUCUGUGAAGGAGUCUCUGCGCGGCCGACCGCACUGGACCAGGGUCGGGAUGGACGUCUUCUGCUACCGGAACGCUUACCGCAGACAGGCGCGACACCCGGGGAGUCGAAAACAGCAGGGAAAGCACAACCGUGUGUACUGCACGGCCUCGUUCUGCGUCAAGUUCCCGCACGACGCCGACGUCUGCUACAUGGCCUUCCACUACCCGUACACCUACACCAGGAUGAGGACGGUGCUGGAGCUGCUGGGGAGCUGCGCCGUGUCACCGGACAUCUGGUGGGGUACUGAGACCCUGGCGGCGGACCUGGACGGGAACACGGCGUCCCUGGUCACCGUCACCGGCCACGGACCCCAGCACAAGAAGGAGAUGGUGUUCCUCACUGCCCGGAUCCACCCGGGGGAGAGCGGCGCCUCGUGGUCGCUGGAGGGCACACUGCGCUUCCUGCUCAGUGACGCGCCAGAGGCGGCAGCCCUCCGAGACCGGUUCAUAUUCAAACUGGUGCCCAUGCUGAACGUGGCAGGAGUCGUCAACGGAUGUCACCGGUGCGGUCUGACGGACGAGGACCUGAACCGGCGCUGGAAGACGCCCGACCCCCACCUGCACCCGGUCAUAUACCGGACCAAGGCGAUGCUGGAGUACUCGACGUUCGUGCUGAAGCGGCCGCCCUACCUGUUCUGCGACUACCACGGACACUCGUGCCGUAAGAACAUCUUCCUGUACGGCUGCAGCAAUCGGCGCUCCUGGCUGGCCGCCGACCGCGAGGCGGCCGACAACGAGCCGCUGGUCAGCUGCCUGCCGCAGGCGCUGUACCGGGUGGCGCCGGCGUUCAGUCUGCGGUGCUGCCACCUGUCGGUGGAGCGCUCCCGCGAGACCACGGCCCGGGUGGUGGUCUGGAGGGAGCUGGGCGUGCAGCGCAGCUACACACUGGAGAGCAGCUACUGCGGCUGCGACCAGGGACCCUACCAGGGCUCCCACCUGUCCACCCAGCAGCUGGAGGAGACGGGCGCCCGACUGGCCGUGGCGCUCCACCUGAUCUCCGUGCCCGGCGACCUGGCCAGCCUGGAGCGCGCGCGCGCCGCCUACUGGUGGCGGCCGCAGGAUGAGUUUGAGCGAGAGUUCGCGCUCAGCUCCGCCACAAACUCAGACAUGACCGAGUCCGAUGACGACACGGAUGACGUCACCUCCAGCACCGUGACGUCACUGCGCUGAUGGAGUGAUGACGUCACUGCAGUAGGGGCGCCGGCCGUCUGAUGGGUGGUUACGACGGAGGAUUGGGGGGUAUAGUCGGAGUUCUCGCUGUUUGUUUUGAUGUGUACCGAAACUGCAGCUGUGGGGGCAGCGUCACAGAGCUCAGGAGACGAAUCUACGCGGGUCUACCAAUCACUAACUGCACAGAGAUUCAGGAGCUGCUCUGCGCCAAAUUUUAUCAUGUAACGGCAUUGCUAGAUAGUGUUUUUGGCAUCGUACAUUUGACGAUCCUGUGUCGGCGACACUGCUCUCCGUCUCUCCUGUUUUAACAGCCGUAACCCAGAGCUUCCUAUCCGUCCUGGGUCCUCUGAGGCCCCUGUGUGUGACAUUAUGGCCCUCUGAGGGUCUGCCACUAUGGGUCCUCUGUUGCCACUAUGAAUCCUCUGAGGGAUCCCGUGUGCUACUAGUGUCCUCCAAGGGUCCUGUGUGGCACUAUGGGCCUUCUGCGGGUCCUGUGUGCCGUAGGGGAUCCUGUGUGGGAUACUGUGUGCCAUUAUCGGUCUUCUGAGGGUCCUGUGUGUCACUAUGGGUCCCCUGAGGGUUGUUGUGUCGCUAUGGGUCCUCUGGGUUUCCUGUGAGCCACUACGAGUCCUGCGAGGGUCUCUCGUGCUACCAUGGGUUCUCUGGAGGUCCCGUGUGCACUAUGGGUCCUAUAAGGGUCUCAUUUUCCACUAUGGGUCCUCUGGAAUCCUGUGUGCCACUAUGAAUCCUCUGAGGAUCCUGCGUGCCAUUAUGGGUCACAUGAGGGAUCUGUCUGCCGCAAUGGGUCCUCUGAGGGGUCCUGUGCGUGCCAUUGUGGGCCCUCUGAGGGUCCUGUGUGCCACUUUGGGUCCUCUGAGGAUCCUGUGUUCUCUGAAGAUCCUGUGUAUUACAAUGGGUCCUCUGAGAACCCUAUGUGCCACUGUGGGUCACAUGAGGGUCCUGUCUGCCGCUAUGUUUCUUCUGAGGAUUCUGCGUGCCACUGUUGGCCCGCUGAGAGUCCUGUGCGUCACUAUGGGUCCUCUGUGUGUCACGCGGACCCUCAGGAGAUCCUGCGUGUCACACGGGGGCCUCUUUGAGUCUUGUGUGCCACUGGGGGUCCUGCGUGCCACUAUGGGUCCUCUGGGUUUCCUGGGUGGCACUAAGGGUCCUCGGGGUUUCCUUUAUGUGCCAUUGUGGGUCCUGUCACCUGUGUGCCACUAUGGGUCGUCUGAGGGUCCUGUGUCCCACUAUGGGCCCUCUGAGGGUCUUUUGUGCGACUAUGGGUCCUCUGUGUUACCUAUGUGCACCACUAUCUCAUUGUGUGCCACCAGCGUGACUGUGUGCUGUGCUGUGUGUGCCUGUGACACCACUCGCCGUGCCGUGGAGUGACCGGUCACCGGGUCACGUGACCGGUCACCAGGUCACGGGGUCAAGGCGCCCUGCCAGCUCCGCAGGACGAACACCAAGUGCUUUCCCACGUAUAAUAUGCGACCGGAGCAUUCCAAAACAUCUGUAAUAUCACAUCGGUAGCAAAUUAAUGCUCUCACCUUAGUGGGCGGGUUAGACUCAUGCGGCUUAGCACACGAAGCGGCAUCUGUAUGCAAGUGUUUAACAGUGUGGACUAUAAUUGUAUGUGUUGACGGAAUAUGAUAUUUAUGUUGGACUGUUAAUGAUAUAACUAUAUUUUCAGUGAUGCAUGCCGGUCAUGCCAUGUAGAUAGUAACACUGCCAUUGAACCUAACUAUGCCUCGCACUGGACAGUUACUGGACUUGUAGUGUUAUUUGUUAUGGUUAUCAGAGUUUAACAUGUCGGCCGUGCAUUACACAACUCCCAGCGAAUGAAUGGUAAAUCUCUUUUUAGCGUAAUCAAUGUUCUCUAACCUUUGAUAGCACUCUAUCGUCACCGUUCACUACACACCGUCUCAAUCUGAUCCCCGCCGCGUCCACCCAGUCAGUCCCCUCCCGUCUGUGUAUCGAAUCCUCUCCCUAGGUAGGGCCUACCCUGGGUCCUGACGUGUUGUUGUGGCGGCGGGCCGCCUCAGUUGUUGCGUUUGUUGUGUUGUUGCGCCGGCCGGUCAGGCUGUGUUGGGUCCGUCCUGCUGUGUUGUGGAGUGGUGUGAAGGUCCGCCCUCCGCCGAGGGGAUGUCCAACGUCUCCCAGAGAACAAUACAACUGACUUGUUUGCGGCUAA